AGAACCCGCAGAAGGCUACGGCAACGAAUUCAGACCUGAAUUCGUUGGCUACGGUCUGGCCGAAAUUCCUUGAGAAUAAAUCAAGUAUUUGGGUGCCCAUACCAACGUAGUCAUACGUAUGUAGUAUGUACAUACGUGCGAUCUUCAAAAAGUAUUUGGGUUCGCCCGACAUUCAGCUCCAUGGUUCGCCUGUAUUCUAUAGGGACUCUGUUUGCCUUCAUUUUUUUGUCCAUAGAAUAGAAGAUGAGAACGACUCAGUAAAUUGAGUUCACCAACUAUUAAUGCAACCUAACUCGUGUCUUUACUAGUCGAAUCGUGUCGAAUCGUUGAUAGUGGUUGGGUUGCACGGUGGUUGACAAGGAUAUCAGUGUUGAGGAGCUUCGACCGAAGCGAAGAUUUGGGGAUCAGUCAUAUUGCUCAUUGUCAUUAUUUAUGUCGGAAAAUGUAGCUCAUGAUGCCAUGGACCCUCUGCGGGUAAGCAUAAUCCUGACGCAAAGCCUUUGGAAAAAUUAAAAUACAAAGUAACCAGCAAUGGAAUCGAUAGAGAAAUAACAGCAUUGCUUGAUCUCAACAUUUGGUUUGACAAGCGACUUGUGAUUGCAUUGCGGAAUGAUAACAGUAUCUAGCAUAAUUGAUAUAAAUUCUUCAGAAUAAAUACUGGGUCGAAGAACGAUAUUACCUCUACUAUGUCAUGCCAGAAAUUUACACAAAAGAUGAAACAGUAAUUAUUGGAGCUAAGAAAGAAUGGCUGGAUUUGGUCGAUCAUAUAAUACAGGAUUUAAAAUGGCUUUUGAGCCUUCCUCAUCACAAGUUUUGGUCACAUAUAGUUUACGAACCAUCGAUAACAAACAUGCUGGUUUCCGUUUUGCAAGACAGUCCACCAUUCUAUGCACUGGAAAGCUUUCCUGAUAUCACCGCGAUGAAGGAGGCACUUGAUGUAUUACAACAAUUAGUGUUGUUGACAUUUGUGCGGCUCAUUACAAACAAAGAAAGUCCCGAGUACUUCAUGGAUCCUGUUGUUCAGGGGAAUUUGCUUUAUGACAACUAUGUAUAUACUAUUGCCAUUAUUUUGGAUUUAUCCCAACUCUAUGGCAGAGCAAAUAGAGAAACAGUCUCAUGUAUUAUGCAAGCAUUAUUUCAAAUGCAACCAUUAUACAUGGAGGAUCUAGACAAAUCUGUCGGAUUUUUAACCCAGGUAUUUCGUGGGAUAGAACAGAGAUUUGAAGACUCUCCUGUUUCUCUGUCGGGUGAACUUGUCUCAUUAUGCGAGAGAGGUGGUGCUACUGGAGAGAUAUCAUUAGGUGUGCUUGAGGACUAUAUUGUAUAUCUCUUAGACGUGUCAUCUAGUCUCGCUAUUUUUCUGGAAAUCUACCCAAGUGCAUCCAGAAUUUUUCACAAAAAAGAAUUUCUGACCAGAAUAAUCUCCGUAUAUGAAAACAUCAUACCAGAAAUGUACAAAAGGCUCGAACAGCUAGCAUAUAAUGACGAGAUGAUGGUGAAGUAUUUUGAAAUAGAGCAUCGCUUAGAUGUAGCGAGAGCAGAGAUUUUGAAGUUGUACCGAUCUAUCAUAUUUGUCUCUAUAAAUAACAUCUUGGAGAAAACAAAUGCAUUGACCGAAGUUGAGGUAAAAGAGCACACAGAUGGCUAUCUUGGUGUUUUAUUAGAUGCGCUAUCUGAGAAAGAGUUCAUUAUUGAUUAUCAUCAAAUGUAUCCCAUUGACAUGGACCUGGAUGUUUUAACAUCCAUUUGCCCUGAAGUUGAUACAAUGAAAUGUGAUUUCAUUCUACAGUCAUUAUAUUCAUCAAUCAAUGAUAUGAGUCAAAUAAGCCAAAUUGCUGAAAAAAUUAAUUCAAAGAAUGCUUUUCCCAUGGAAGUCAAUGAUUAUAAAAAUAUGGCUGGUCCAAGCGGUGCACAAAGCAAUGUUCCAUCGAUUAGUAAGAGUCCCUUUUACACCGAGGAACUUCAUAGUCUUGAAGGCGGUGCGGAUAAUGCUUCCCUCAUAACUGAAGUUAAAGAUAUUCUACCACAUCUUGGCGAGGGAUAUAUCGAAAAGUGCUUGAAGCAUUACAGUAAUGAUAGCGCAUCUGUGAUAAAUGCUAUCUUAGAGGAUUCCUUACCACCCGAUAUCAAGGAACUCGAUCCAACAUUACCUCACAUACCACCCGACCCCAUGGAAGCAUCGGUUGCAGUUGAUUUAGCCAUAGACAUGCAAAGACUGAAUGUGUUUGACAAUGAUGAAUUUGAUAUCAUGACGCGAGAUCAUAUUGAUCCAUCCAGAGUACAUAAAGGCAAAAGACAAGGAAAGCACAAAAAUUUGAACGAACUUUUGAACGAUAAAUCUUACAGAGAAAGUUUGAAUGACGUGUACUCCAAGUAUAGUUUAAUCGCGGACGAUUACGAGGAUGAGUAUGACGACACCUAUGAAAGUCACAGUGUGGGUUUAAGCUCUCGUGAUGAUUCAACGGAAAUGGAUGCUCGACCAUUCGCCAUUCCAAGAGUUUUACAAUCCCGAAACAAACUCCAAGCUGCAUCAGAAGACGAAGAUAGCGAAGAACAAGACGUUGCAAGAACCAGCAUAAAUAAUGAAGGAACACAGUUUGUGCAGGAUCCAGCUGUGUUACGUGCUAGAGCCGAAGAACGCAGGCAAUCCAAACGACGGAAUUCCGGCCGGACUUUUGCUGGGGCACAAGAAAGAGAUGUGACAGGCAAGCCAAAAGGUCAAGGUCAAGAUAAACAAAUAUUGAUAAAUAGAAGCAAUAAAAAUGCGCACAAAUCUUCAAGGGCCAAUCACAAUCGUCGAUCAGGGGCCCAGUGGAAGCAAAGACAAGGCAUGGUUCCAUCCUAAAAAAGGAAUUUGUAGAAGAGCAUAUUUGUUACAUGACGUGCUCAUCUGUUGGAUAAAGUUGUCGGGUGAUGGAAGAUUAUGGGAUUAUGGGAUCAUGCUGUGAGAAACGGCAAACGACACGGCCAAUCAACAAUAAUCUUCAACUAUUAUGAUCAACUUAUGGCCUAAAAGUGAGCACCCAAUACAUGUCAAUUGUUUUCAGGAACACAAUGGUUUUUCUGAUUGUCACAUGAAAGGGUUUAGCCAAGUUUCAGAAAUAUCUCAACAAUCUUUAAUUUUCGAUAAUACUUUUGUCAUACUUAUGUUACCAGCAGAGAUUUAAAUAAAAUUAAUUCCUCGACUA